CAAUUUUUUUUUUGUCUCGACGUUUCGGACCUCCUCUCUCAAGUCUCAAGUCUCAACAGUCACCGCCUCCGGUUGGGCGCUCCGUCGGCCGUCGCCGACCGACGUUGGUUGCUCGCUCCUCCCCACUCCACCCCCAUUGUUGUUGCCGAGAGGUUUCCUCUGUCUGACGCCGCCCGGAGCUGCGAGAGGUGGUUCCAGACUUCCAGUACACCUCCCGGUCUCGGCUCCAUCCAUCCCUCGCACUGUUCUCGCCGCCGGCAAGCCAAUACUCUCUCCUCGACAUUUUGAGGACUGGAGAAGCAAUGAAAGGGUUAGUGCAUCUGUGGAGCACAUGGGGCAUACAAAUCAUGGUCCUCGCAAGCUUCAUGCUGCAGCUAUGGCUCCUCAUCUCUGGCGGGAUCCGGCGGCGUAGCUCCUCCACGGUGUUGAGGGCUUCUCUCUGGCUGGCUUACCUGCUGGCUGAUUCCACAGCGAUAUACGCGCUGGGCCAUCUCUAAAUCAUAAGCGGGUCAAGCGAGCACCAGCUGGUGGCGUUCUGGGCACCUUUCCUGCUGCUGCACCUCGGUGGCCCAGAUAACAUCACUGCCUUCGCGCUCGAAGGCAACAGCCUGUGGUUGCGCCACCUGCAAACUCUUGUCGUGCAGGUACUAGGAGCUGCUUAUGUCAUCAACAAAUAUAUGUCUAGUGGUGGAAUCUUGCUCCUGCUGGCGACCAUCUCCUUGUUCGUUGCUGGUCUUGUGAAGUAUGGUGAGAGGAUAUGGGCACUCAAGUGUGGUGGCAUGAGUAGCAUCCGCGACAGGUUCAACAAGUGGGGUGACACUGGCAGGGUUAAACCAUAUCGAUUUGUCGUGGAGGGAAAGAGCGAAGAGGAGAUCCUGCUUGAAGCUCACUACAGCUUCGCAGCCUGCAUGUGCGCCUUCCUUGAUGUCACGUUGGAGGAGGCUCAGAUCGAGGGUUUACGUGCCAUUGAUCCAGGGUAUUCCUUUGGAGAAGUUGUCGUGGGGGAGGACAUAUACAAGUUGAUCGAGAUGGAGCUGUCUCUGAUGUACGACAUCCUGUACACCAAGGCAGCGGUCAUGCACACUUGGUAUGGCUUCUGCAUCCAUCUUACUUCGUUACUUGGCACGGCUGCUGCAUUCCUCUUGUUUCAGCUCAGCAUCAGAGGAGGCAGGGGAGAUUACAACAGGGCCGAUGUGAUUAUUAGUUAUGUUUUGCUUGUUGGAGCUUUGGUCCUGGAGACUAUAUCAGUGUGUAGGGCAGUAUUUUCGAGCUGGACAUGCUCUUUCUUUCACCGCAACACACAGAGAGAUUCCACCGACAGUGGGACUCUUGCUUUGGCAAAAUGGCUUCUUCAUGUCUUGGUUUUGGUUCGCCGCCCUGUCAAGCCGGCAAGCAGGAGACUGUGGAGGGACUCCCUUGGGCAGUAUAAUCUGCUCCAUCUAUGCUACCGUGACACGACUGAGCCAUGGAGCAGACUGACUACAAAAAUGGGCCUCGGGGAGUGGUGGAACAGGUCGCAUUUCCAGGGCACUUUCUCAGGCACUGACUCUUUGCCAACAAGUGAUCUCAGGAAUCUAGUGUUACAAGCGCUGCCUCCGCCAGAAAUUGCUGAUUUAAACUCAAGAGGCCGCAUGAUACUGGAAAAAUUUGAAGCAUACAAGGACUUUGCUCGAUGGAGUGUGAGCAUUGACUUCCACCAGAGCAUCCUUGUAUGGCACAUGGCGACCGAUCUGUUUAUUGAGGUUUACGACGCUGGCCAUGAAUCAAAGCUUGUCGAAGCGACAAGGGUGCUAUCCAAUUACAUGAUGUUCCUGCUCAUUGUAAAACCCGACAUGCUGCCAGGCCGUGCACACCACAAUUUAUAUCUCGACGUGUCCAACAAUUUUGAGGCCUUUUGGCCUGUUAAGGACAGCACGGUGAUGGGAUCUCCCAGAAGCUGGAACCUGUGCCAUAUGAUCAAGGAAUUGUUCCAACAUGAAGGCCCCACCAAUUUCUCCAGGACCCCACAGAGAAAGAAGAUUGCCGAGAAGCUGUUUAAUUCAUUUGAAUCUUAUUCAACGGAAUCGAUUGAUCCAGGCAUAGAUCCACGCCGCGGACGGUUCCGUAUGACAGGCAAUUCGUGUGCAGCCUUGCUCGCCAAAGAGCUUCGUGACUUGGGUAGGUCUGACACGUUAGAAUUGAUCUUCGGAGUGUGGGUGGAGGUGAUGAUUUAUGCCGCGGAACAUUGCAGUAGGGAAUCGCAUGCCAGACAGCUCAGCAGCGGUGGUGAGUUCAUUACCAUCGUGUGGCUUCUCGUACACCACCUGAUGCAGACCGCAAGAUACAACAAAUUUGUCCGAAAUCCACACGCGUAGACCCACACGCACCAUACAGUUAUUUUUUCAAUUAUUGUUUACUUCUAGUUAAAUGUGAGAAUAAUUUUUUUCUAUGCCAUUGAAAAUUAUACCAUUCUUUAUGUAUCGCUGAAAAUUAUGAGUU